UAACUGACAGUUAAUUCACGGUGAACGCAGAGAUUCACUGCCUUGGACACCCUGGAAGGACAAUGCAACAUUUUCCUCCAAAUUUCAGAGGGGCGCUAUGGGAGUCCAACCAUCAAUGUGCACCCAUAAUUAAAAGCAGACCGUCUUUACCUUCACUGCCCUUUUAUAACCUCCUGUUAUGGGUUCUCCUGGGAGUGUUGACGUUCCCUUGCUGUGUGCGCUGUUUGAUUUUCAAAGUGGGGGUCUUAGGCCCCUGGAACUGCGACCCAAUCUACUACAGGGCCCUUCCUGCCACUGCGGCCAAGCUGGCGGUGGGCAGGAUAAACGGAGACCUGAGUCUUGAUCUGGGUCUGAAAAUGGACUUCAUCAUUUUCCAGGAGCCCUGCGAGACCUCCAAAGCGCUCACUGCAUAUAUUUACUACGAGAACCUGGCGAAUGCGUUCGUUGGGCCCACUAACCCGGGAUACUGCAUCGCAGCUUCUCUGCUGGCCAAGACCUGGGACAAGGCCCUCUUCUCCUACGGAUGUGUUACCUAUGAGCUGGACCGAGUCGCAGCUUAUCCAACGUUUUCCACGACAGUGCCGUUUCCCACUGAUGUGCUAUUCGUCGUGUUGAAGCACUUCAGGUGGGCCAGUGUCGCCGUGGUCUCCUCCAAUGAAGAUAUCUGGAUGGACGCCGCAGGAAGAGUGGCUACUGCUCUGAGGAGUAAAGGGCUUCCAGUUGGACUCGUUACUUCUAUGGGGAUCAGUGAGACGGAGGUGGAGAACACGAUGAGGAGGAUCCAGAACGCAGGAGAAGUCAAAGUCAUCAUUAUGUGCAUGCACUCCAUCCUGGUCGGAGGUGAGCAGCAGGCUACUUUUCUCCUCAAGGCGCAGGAGAUGGGUGUGACUUCAGGGAAGUAUGUGUUUGUGCCCUACGACACCCUCCACUACAGCCUGCCCUACAACAACGUCUCCUACGCUGCCUUGCAAAACAACAGCCGGCUGAGGGAGGCCUACGAUGCUGUGCUCACCAUCACUGUGGCCUCAGAGCCUCUGUCCUUCAACGAGGCGUUCGCUGCAGCCAAGAGGAGCGAGGAAGUGACGUCGCCCUUGCAGGCAGAGCAGGUCCACCCCCUGUUUGGGACCAUCUAUAACAGCAUAUACCUGCUGGCCAAGUCCAUCCACAACGCCAGGAAAGCAGGAAUGCAGCUGUCAGGAUCAAACCUGGCCUACUUCACGAAGAACACAACUUUCUCCGGUUUCAACCAGAAGGUCAGGGUGGACAGUGGUGGGGAAAUGAAGACCAACUACAUUGUCCUGGACUCUGACAACAGGGGCAGUCAGCUGUACCAGACCUAUCUGGUGGAUCUAACGUCAGGGAAGCUUCGUUUUGCAGGAAGAUCCAUUCGAUUUCCAGGAGGGUCCCCUCCUCCGUCUGAUUCCAGCUGCUGGUUUGAUAAGACUGCCAUCUGCACGGGAGGAGUGGAGGUCACCUACAUUAUAGUCGUGUUAGCUGUCAUCCUUGCUCUGGCUGUAGGAGGCAUCGCUAUAAGUCUUUACAUCAGGAGGAGACUCCAACAAAUCCAGCUGGUCAAAGGUCCCAAUCGGAUCCUCCUGAACUUAGAGGAUCUCACGUUUAUCAAUCCUCAGCUUAGUAAAAAGAAGAUCACUUUAGAGGACCUGAGUGAGUCUAAGAGCGCUCUGGAGGACAAAUCUGUCGACCGUUCACACUCUGUGAACAGCAUGCAGACGGCAACCCAUGAGACCACCAAUGUUGCUGUGUACGAGGGCGACUGGGUUUGGCUGAAGAAGUUUGAGGAGGGGCACUUCCAGGAGGUGAAACAAAGCACCACCAAGAUUUUCACGAAGAUGAAAGACCUGAGAAACGAGAAUGUCAACCCUUUCCUGGGCUUCUUUUUGGACUGCUCCAUGUUCGCGGUGGUGACGGAGCACUGCUCACGGGGUAGUCUGGAGGACCUGCUGAGGAAUGAGGAUGUAAAGUUAGACUGGAUGUUUAAAUCCUCACUUGUGCUUGAUCUCAUCAAGGGUAUGAAAUAUCUUCACCACAGAGACUUCCCUCACGGCAGAUUAAAAUCUCGAAACUGUGUGGUGGAUGGCCGCUUCGUCCUUAAGAUUACAGAUUACGGCUUCAAUGAGCUGCUGGAGACGCAGAAAGCUCCUCUAGAAGAACCUCCACCUGAAGAUCUGUUUUGGACUGCUCCAGAGUUCCUCAGGGACCUUGCAAUUUCUCGUAAAGGGACGUACAAGGGAGACGUGUACAGUUUUUCUAUCAUCCUCCAAGAGGUGGUGGUGAGAGGACCACCGUACUGCAUGCUGGGUCUGCCACCUGAAGAGAUCAUCCGUAAGGUGAAGAAGCCUCCUCCAAUGUGUCGCCCAACUGUGGCACCGGAUCAGGCUCCACUAGAGUGUAUCCAGCUGAUGAAGCAGUGCUGGAGCGAACUGCCCGACCGCAGGCCAUGCUUUGAUGAGAUCUUUGACCGGUUCAAGAUGAUCAACAAGGGGAAGAAGACCAACAUCAUUGACUCCAUGCUAAGGAUGUUGGAGCAGUACAGCUCCAACCUGGAGGAUCUCAUCAGAGAGAGAACAGAGGAGCUGGAGGUGGAAAAGCAGAGAACGGAGAAGCUGCUGUCUGAAAUGCUGCCACCUUCUGUGGCUGAAGCCCUGAAGACUGGUGCCACUGUGGAGCCAGAGUACUUCGACCAAGUCACAAUCUACUUCAGUGACAUUGUGGGUUUCACGACCAUCUCCUCGCUCAGUGAUCCCAUCGAGGUGGUUGACCUUCUCAAUGACCUCUACUCUCUGUUUGAUGCCGUGCUUAGCAACCAUGAUGUCUACAAGGUGGAGACCAUUGGUGAUGCUUACAUGGUAGCAUCAGGUCUGCCGAAGAGAAAUGGCAACAAGCACGCUGCCGAGAUCGCCAACAUGUCACUGAACAUCCUCAGCUCAGUGGGAACCUUCCACAUGCGACACAUGCCAGAUGUGCCCGUCAGGAUACGAAUAGGAAUCCACUCAGGGCCCUGUGUUGCUGGGGUGGUGGGUUUGACCAUGCCUCGGUACUGCCUUUUCGGAGACACUGUCAACACUGCCUCUCGUAUGGAAUCAACUGGGCUGCCUUAUAGAAUCCAUGUAAAUAUGAGCACUGUGAACAUCCUCCGUUCUCUUAAUGAGGGUUAUAAAAUAGAUGUAAGAGGCAAGACAGAGCUGAAGGGUAAAGGCAUUGAAGAAACAUACUGGCUUGUGGGGAAAACCAACUUUACAAAGCCUUUGCCAAAACCACCAGAGAUUCGACCAGGGGACAACUGGCAGGAGAUGGUGACAGAGGAGAUCAAGACUCUUUUCCGCAAGGCCAACAGGCCGGUGGACAGCAAGAUCUGAAUGAGAUCGAGAGAAGGAAAUGAAGGAAGAAAGCAAAAUUGGAGGAGAGGAAGGAACGUCAAGAGGAUGACACAUCCAGAGAAAGAGGGAGACUAAGAUCUGGGAUGGACAGGCAGAGGACAGCGAGCGCCAGCCAGCCUCUCAUUGUGGCUUAAUGCAGACUUCUUUAAGAGGAUUGUCCAUCGACUGGCUAAUCUGCCUGCAGCCAGCGCAGCAGAACACAACGGUGCUAAUGUAAUGAGAGUUGUCACAUUACCUGCCUACGUACCUGCUGCCAGAAUCACAGGGAAAGGUGCACCCGCUCCUUAAUGAAGGAUGCACUCAUUCUGUCCUCUCUGCACUCACUGGCCACUGCGUGGUCACCUAUUACAGGGCAAACCAGAGGUUCACCCGUGGAAAGAUUGAACGCCCCAAACGCCUAUUUCAAAAUGAAAUGUUAUUUUUCUGGUGGUGAUGUCUGUAUUUAGUUUGUCAUAAAAGCUCAUGCUAGGGUUGCAGAGCCGAGGCUGGUACUUAGCUGUGGCUGGAUAUUACUGUAUAUGUUAUUAGCCACCCAAAGUUGGAGGCAAAAGCUGCUAUUGUAUGUAAAUAGCAAAAAGACAAAAAGACAGUCUUGCCACUAUAAUUCUACUGUCUUAGUUUACACUAAUUAAAGAGUGGCAACCUUGGAAAGCACUGAAGAUAAAGGUAACAUGUUACGGUUUCCAAAGUGCACAGUGUUGUUGUUCCAGCACUUAAAAUUUAGGUUUAAGUUAACUGAACUGAACUGGUUGUUUCUGAUACAUCUUCAAAUGAGGUGACACUAAUGCUGUACAUGUUUACUAUCAAUAACAAUAAUAACUAAUGCAAAAUUGCAUGUGAUGUGAAAAAGAAUCAUUUAUGAUUAAUGUUUACAAAUUUCAGCAUUUUAACUUUAAAUCUGACAAUCUUAAAACCUUUCCCUAAUGUGUCAGCAUGGGAACAAAGUCUGUUUGUACCUGUUCACUUUGCAGUUUUUUUUAGAAUAUAAGCAUAACCAAACUUCCUAGAAAUUUCACUGUCAGAAUAUCUUUUUUGCACGAAUCCAUAAACUUUAAUUGCGUCUUUCACAGCUGGUUUAUCUACAAGCUGAUGCACUACGUUGAUAUCAAAGCUAUUGUUCCCUCACAGGAGUCCAGCUUAACAGCACCAUCUUCUGUUUAAAUUAAGGUAUUUGCUAAGAUGUGUUGAGAUGAUUUUUGCUUGAGAUGACAAACAGGUAUAAGGCCAACUAAAGGAAUAAAUGCAAAUAGAAAUAAUUAUCAAAAAAUAAGAUUUAACAUUUCAUAUAAUUUUCUGAACACUGAAACAACCAUUGGAUUCAUUAUUAUUGUUGUUAUUUAAAUAAUCUCCUAUAUCCCUUUAUAAUAAUGCUGAUAGGUGCAGCUUCAUUCGUGCUUGGUGUAUAAAACAACUUCAAAGUCAGUCAGAAACAUGUACAUUGUGUAAGUGAUAUGUUUUCAUUUGUCUUGUAUUUAAUUACUGCAAUGCAAAGUCCAAGGUCUGUGUAAAUGCAGCAAUAUAAAGUAACUACACUGUUCAUUUGCAACACCUUUAAUGUUUCUGUGAAGAUUCUCAGUCAUCCAGGUCAUGGUCAUUCUAAGGGUCAUUCUAACUCAAUUUCUCUUUUUGGUACUUGAAGAUGUUUCACCUCUCAACCAAAAGGCUUCUUCAGUUCUAGCUGACUAAUGGGGAGUCCCAGAUAAAUAUUGUCAAAUUAGUGACCCAAGACUCUCAUGAUUCACGGUGUCUGUGGUGGUGAAACUUCCUGGUUCGAGUUCUCAAGACUGUAUCAUAAGUACCUGAUAAGUGGUGUAAUAAAUCCCCUAUAUGCAUGUGUUGCAGUUUCCCAAACAGAAAAUACAGGUACCAGCAGGACUCGGGUUCACCCUAAGGAUAAAACACAUUCACACAGUACUUGCAGUUCAGUGCUGGGAGGACCUCUUACACCCAAAUACAACUCAGACUAAACAGCCACAACACAGGACCUGAAGCCCUUCAAGUCAAGACCCAGCAGCCUUACAUACAUCUAAGAGAUAAGGGACAUUCCUCUGAGAACAACAAUGUUCCCAGUCUGGAUAGCUGGUUUGACAGAUGAGUGAAGAACGUCAUCCAUGUGAAGCUGGAACAGCCAUCUCUAAACGGAAGUCUGGAAGACCUCUUAUCAGAUACUUAUAAUGCAGUCUUGAGAUCGCUUGCUGAAAAUUUAAUGACCAGUGAGAUUUUGAG